AUGCUUCAAUUCCUUCUCUUCACUCUCCUCAACACCAUUUCAUGCCAAAUGAUCGCUGAACUCUUCGACAAUGCUGUUACUAGCCCACCGCAACUUCUUUGUAAUGAAGAUGUCAUUCUCCUUCGAGUACAAACCUCUAAACCAUUCAAAGGUUUACUUUAUGUUGAUGGUCAAUCCGGUCGAGAGCAAUGCCGUUUGGAGUUUCCGGGAAACAAUGAGCCAGCGGCACAAAUAGCGAUUCGUUUAGGCGAUUGUGGGAUGAGACGCGAGAGACAGCUAACCGGUGUCAACUAUCGUAUGCGUCUCGUCGUCUCAUUUCAUCCACUUUUUCGAACGGGAAUCGAUCGAUCUUUUCAAAUUCGUUGUUUUUAUGCAAUGGCUGAUACAACAGUUGCAGCCGAGAUGGAUGUCAGCACUCGACCACCGGAAAAUCUUGAACAAGGCUCACUGCUGAAUCCAGAAUGCGCUUUCAGUGUUCGCCGCGAUUCUUUCGAUGGCCCACCAGUCGAUCUGUUAACAGUCGGCGAGAAGAUUUUCUAUCGUUGGGAUUGUAAACCGUUUCCCACUCGAAAACUCGGAAUGCUGAUUAGGGGAUGUGCGAUUAUUGCGGCUGGGACGACGGUCGAGUUGAUCGAUGGACGCGGUUGUCCACUCGUGCCUUUUAUGAACCCGCUCGUUUAUCAAUCGGAUCUUCUAACGGCGUACGCAGAAGUGCGGGCUUAUUCGAUUCGAGAUAUCGAUAAAGCAUACGUUCGUUGUCAAAUAAAACACUGCGAACUGGACUACAACGAGUGCCAAGGGGUUACGCCUCCAAAUUGUCCAAAUCUUGGUGGUCGAGUUUACUUGCCGACGUCAGUCGUCGAUUCAACAGCAAUCCCAACACAAGUCAUCGCCGCACUCCCAUCCGACGUGAUCGCCGUCGCUGAACUUGGUGGUUCAAUGAUGCAGCCACGACUUCCAGCAUUGAUUCCACAAGUUCCACAAGUGCCCGAAGAGCCGCCGACCUUUCGGAUGCCUUUCGAGCGACGAAAAGAGCCAAAACCAUUAAAUGAAUCCGAUGAAGAUGAAAAGACAAAAGAAAAGCCGAAAAGUACUGUAAGUACUGUAAAAUGGAUGAAUAAACCAGUACAAACAACAACAGAGAAGAACUCAACACCUUCAUUCUUGUUGUUGAAUCGUUCAAGAGAAGCACAACGCUUAGAAGAGCGAGCUUUUAAUAGACGAUUACGAGAUGAUCGUUUCAUUGAGGUUGUUUCUCCGGAUCUCACUUUCCUUCCAAGUGAAGCUUCUCGUUUGACCAAUCGGGAGAUAAGCGAAGUCGAAUGGCGUGACCCAAGCAAAACCUGCAUCGAUAACGCUCUUUUCGUGCCGAUUUUGACCGCCACAAUUCUCGUCACGAUUCUCUCGUUUCUCUUCAUUUUAACUCUAUUGAGAAAUUUGUAUAAAAGAUAUUGGAAAAAUGGAGAGGUUUCUUGUCAACGAGUCCCUUCUAGAUCAGUCACCGAUUGCACGGUUUCCUCGAAUCGAUCGGAUCUAUCGAGAACGUCUGAUAGAUCAAUCGACAUCAUCGAGGAGUACGGUAGCCGAAUGAAUCUGGCGACAAGGCCAACGCUAGACUGGUCAAAUGCUCCGCCAUUACGGCGACUCGGCUUGAACACAUUAUAUCAAAAU